UGUAUAUAAAGCCUGCUGAAGAGGGCAAAAAGAGUAUGAUCAUACUACUGUUGUUUUCCUCGCAAAGAUAACUGUUUCAUUCUCAACUGCAGAAGCUCUUACACCUGGAAGGAAAGCAACUAGAACACUAGUUAUUCUGCCUUUACAGCCGUUCCAUAUUAAAACGAUGCCUUUCUUGCAGAGAUCAAGAGUGCCAAAGCACCAAAAUGGGGAAGCAUGGGAAGCCAGAAGGAGAUGCCAAAAAGUCUUAAAACCACUGCAUGAUAUCCAGCAGAAGGGGAGGAAAAGUGGGGGAAGAUAUGGUGCUCUUGAUGACUUUUUGCAUAAUCUUUUUUCCACAGAGUGCUAAACAACUAAAAAGUUAAGGGCCAUCUUCUAAAUUGCCUUGUCAACAGAAAUUUUUGGUGUCACCAGUGAGGAAGACGUUAUGAACUGACAGUAGCACAUGGCCACCAUAACUUUGGAGCCAUGACCCAAGGACCUAAUUAAAGUGGAUUGGAUGUCCCCUUACUUGCUACUAAUUGCUGGUUGGUGCAUAUACUAGAGAAUGCAAGAAAUGAAGCACCUUGCUAAAAGUCAUAAAAGCGCAGUCUACUGAAAUGGCUCAUUCCAUGUGGAGACCUGGAAGUCUGAAGGAAACUUAAUCUCAAAUCCACGGGGGGAUCAUUUCUUUUUUUAUGUUAGUCGACUCCCACUGAUGGCAUGUUGAAGUUCAUUGAACAGCAGCCGAGAGGGCGUCGGAUCAGAAGGGGACUGCUCUAAAAGCUGGGCUUGCAACAACAUGGGCCAGUGUGUCACUAAGUGCAAGAAUCCUUCUUCCACCCUUGGCAGCAAAAAUGGAGAUAGAGAAUCUAGCAGCAAGUCUCAUGGCAAAAGAAGUGCAGUUCACAAAGAGGAACAUACCUCAGUAUGUGCAAAAUCCUCUGGUGACAUACUUGUCAAUGGGACAAAGAAAACGGAUACUGCUUUAGAUUCUAGUCAACUUCCAACUUUCUCUGGGGAUGCAAAGAAAGAGCCUGUUUCCGGCACCGAGGAAUCGUCACUUCAGAGGAUUGGGGAAUUGUUUAGGAGAUACAAGGACGAACGAGAAGAUGCCAUACUGGAAGAAGGCAUGGAAUGUUUUUGUAAUGACCUCUGUGUUGACCCCACUGAAUUUAAAGUGCUAGUCUUGGCUUGGAAAUUCCAGGCAGCUACCAUGUGCAAAUUUACAAGGAAGGAGUUCUUUGAGGGCUGCAAAGCAAUAAAUGCGGACAGCAUUGAUGGCAUUUGUUCUAGGUUCCCCAGCCUCUUAAAUGAAGCCAAACAAGAAGAUAAAUUCAAGGAUCUCUAUCGUUUCACCUUUCAGUUUGGCCUGGACUCUGAAGAAGGACAGAGGUCUCUACAUCGGGAAAUAGCCAUUGCCCUUUGGAAGUUAGUCUUCACCCAAAAUAACCCCCCUAUAUUGGACCAGUGGUUAAACUUCCUAAUUGAGAACCCCUCAGGAAUUAAGGGAAUCUCCCGGGACACAUGGAACAUGUUUCUAAAUUUUACUCAGGUGAUUGGACCAGACCUUAGCAACUACAGUGAAGAUGAGGCCUGGCCUAGUCUCUUUGAUACCUUUGUGGAAUGGGAAAUGGAACGAAGGAAAAAAGAAGAGGAAACCAAAUGUAUUACAUGUUCAGACACAGAGGGUCCGUGUAUAGAAGAACAGACUUAACAGCAUUUAAGCAGCAGUGACAGAAAUAACCUGUUGCCCUUCAUUAAAUGUAAACUCUGGACCUUUCUGGAAAUUACUGAGGCUCCAGAUUUUUCUACUUUACACCUUUCUCUGCCUUGUAUUUGAAAGGGCUCUAAAAUGCUGUAUCAUGGUUUAGGCACUUUCUUAAUUUUGGUUAUACCUUCAACUCUUGCCCUGAAAUAUUUGACCCUGGCUACAAGUUAAAAACAGUUAUUGGUUUUUGUU